GCCCGUGGCCCCGCCCCGGGCCGCCGGGACCAGCUGCGCGCCUACCCGCAAUCUCGCAGCCGCCGGUUACUGUGAGUCCGCGCCGUCCGGGGCCCGCCGCCGCGAUAUGUCGCAAAAACCGAAGAGUCGCGGCCGCGCCGGCACCCAGGCAGAACGGGAGCGGGACUGGGGAGGAGGCGGCGGCGCAGAGGAGGUCCCGAGCACGUCCCGCGGGCCUUCCUCGCAGGGCGGCCGGCGGGCCGAGGCCUCCCCAGCGCCGGGGCCCCGGUCGCAGAAGCAGCUGGAGCUGAAGGUGGCCGAACUCGUGCAGUUCCUGCUGAUCAAGGACCAGAGGAAGAUCCCGAUCCGGCGCACCGACAUCCUGAAGCACGUGGUCGGAGACUAUAAAGACGUCCUCCCGGAGCUGCUCCGGCUGGCAGCCGAGCGCCUGGAGUACGUGUUCGGGUACCGGCUGGUAGAGCUGGAGCCCCGGAGCAACACCUACAUCCUGGUCAACACGCUGGAGCCGGUGGAGGAGGACGCCGAGGUGCGCGGCGACCAGGGCACACCUACCACCGGGUUGCUGAUGAUCGUGCUGGGGCUCAUCUUUAUGAAAGGCAACAGCAUCAAGGAGACGGAGGUCUGGGACUUUCUGCGGCGCCUCGGGGUGCACCCCACCAAGAAGCACCUGAUCUUCGGGGACCCCAAGAAGCUUAUAACCGAGGACUUCGUGCGGCAGAGGUAUCUGGAGUACCGGCGCAUCCCCCACACUGAUCCUGUGGACUACGAGCUCCAGUGGGGCCCACGCACCAACCUGGAGACCAGCAAGAUGAAGGUGCUCAAGUUCGUGGCCAAAGUCCACAAUCAGGACCCCAAGGACUGGCCGGCUCAGUACUGUGAGGCUCUGGCUGAGGAGGAGGCCAGGGCCAGACCCCCAACAGGUGGCCCAGCCCCUUCUUCUUGAAAUCUGAGAGACUCAGAGGGACUCCAGGGGGGGGUGGGGGGCGUGUGUGUGUGUGUGUGUGUGUGUGGUGUGUGUGCAUCUUUCUGCUAAAGCUUCAAUGUGCGUAGUUUUAGGAUGUGUUUGCCGACUUAUAUUGCAAGUUCCUUGGUUCCAAAUUUUCACCUAUAAAAAUAUUAACGGACGAUUUGUUUUGAUUUAUUGUCUGUGUUUUUUGGUAUAAAAAUCUCGCUAGCUUUCUAAAGCUAAUUGGAAAACUUUGUACCAUGAUCUGGAAAUAGAUAUUGAAGAAAGAACACGUCAGUAAGUUGCUUUGAUGUCAAGGAAAUAAAAGCACGAAAUGGCUCUUACCUGGCCUCUUGACGACCCCACUUUGAAAGGAACAAUAAAAGUCUAUAAAUUGAAACAAUAAAAGUCUAUAAAAUGUAAUUGCCUAUAUCCCUUUUUAAAUUUAGCAUAGCUACUUUUAGAAUGUAUUUUUUAUGUAUGUAAGCGUUAUGAAUCAUUCUAAGUAAUGUACAUGCUGUAUUUUUCCCAAAUAACUUUACCUCGAUAAUUACUACUAGGUUGUGUGGCUGACUUUUAGUUACAUUUAUUUUUUUCCUUUUUUGGCUACUAUAGUUACAAUAAAUACUGUGUUUUGAAGCAGCAUUGUGCAUUUUUUUAACCAUAAGUCGAGAAAUUAAUUUCAUGACUGAAAACAGGCAUCUUAACAAAAAACACUUUUUGCUACAUAGCAUUAAGGUAAAUAGUGUUUUGUGGAAAUUGUUUUAUUUGUGUAUGUGCAUAUCACGAUGUAAAAUGUAUUUCUUUCAGUGGGUUACAGAAAAGAUAAAGCCAUUAGUGAUUAACCAUGCCUACCUGGGAAGCAAACUAUCUGGAUUCAGAUUCUACUUCUGCAUAACUAGCUAUAUGAAUUAGGCAUGUUACUUAAGAUGUAUACAGAUUUUUCCUCACCUGUAAAGUGGGUUGAUGAUGCCUGUAUUGUGUGUGAUGUGAUACUUAGAUAUGGAAAUAUGUGUGAAGUUCUUGGCACAAUGCUGGGUGUGGGGGAUUUUAGUUGUUGCUCUGUUCCUUAAAAGUUUGUUUAAAUAUGUUUUUUAUUCUUGGUAUGGAGCAACAAAAAAAAAUUUUGAAGGUUUUCUUUCAUUAUCUAUUUAGUUUUCAAUUUGUCCUAUUAUUUUGUAACUUUGAUCACUUUGGUUAAGGUGGUUUCUGCCAUUCCUCUACACUUUGAAAUUUUCCAUUUCCCUUUGUAACAAACAAGCAACUUGUGUGGAGACAGAGAUUUUGUAAAUAUUGUAUUCCUCACCAAAAUUUCAGUUUAUUCACUUUUAUCUGUAUAGAUUCAUUAUAGUCUUUUAUUGUCACGAUUUAUUUUGAUACCCAAAUUGUCCCUGUUUGCCACUGGGAGCAUUUUAAAGCUGGCUUUUGUGUCUUCUACUUGCCCCCAUCAUUCUUUGAGCAAUUCCAUACUUUCUGGCACAAAAAGAUCAUUCAGCCUUAACUUGAAUUUUCCCUGCCACAGACCUCUCAGCCAUUUUCUCCAAAGAGCUCUGAUUCCUUUUGGAUGGAAACGAAUUCAGAAACAAGGUUGCCAGGUUUCCUCAUGCCUUCUAGAAGUAUCCUUGCUUCUAGCCCUCUACAUGACAAAGUUAGUCUUUUUGUCUAUUUGUAUAUCUAGCUAUCAUCUACUGAAAACUAUGACAUUACAUUGAUAAUAGCAUAUCCAUUCUAUACCGUAGUGUUUAUUAUGGUUUUCUCCCUUGUUCUAUCUGUACUGUUCUAUCUGUACCUAACUUCUCGAACAGUAAGAAAUUCAUAUCCUUUAAUCCUUCUAAUAAUUAUUUGAUCAAUUGCCUGUAAAUAACCAGUCUCUUCUGGCUGCCACACCCUCCUGUGUGGGAUGCCCUUUCCUCCGUACUGGGAAGCUGACAUCCCACCAGAACUGCCCUGGGCAUCCACCCUCCUUCUAAAGCUUGGGCUCUAGCACCACACCCUGAGGCCCUUGCCUUUCAGUCCCUCUCCUGCAGCACACAAAGCAAAAUGACCUGCUCUGCUCCACCCAAUGGCUUUAGCACUGAGUUGUUCAGGAAAUCGAAAACACUGUUCUCAUCUCAUAAGUGAGUUGGGGAGCAUUUACUUUACCACGAACAUAAGGAUUAAAUGUUUUUGAAGGUUUCUAGGAAAGCCAUGUAUGAAAGGCUCUUGGAAUGGUGUUUCUGAUGGGUAGAUUUUUGCUACUGAUUUUGUAUCAUUAACAGUCUGUUCAGGUUUUCUCUUCAAAUUAGUUUCGGUCACUUGUAUUUUCUAUAAAGUGUUUUCAUUUUUUUCUGGAGUAUUAACAAAGUUAGUAUUCUCUUUUGAUUUGAACAUAAUUCUGUUACAUCUUCACUUAUGUCCACUGCAUUUACAGUAUUAUUUUUGCUUUCAUACCUUUCUUUUACCCUCUUAUAGCCAGUUUUCCUUGGAGUUUUAUUUACCUUAAGAGUACUCUUAAAAUUCUUUUGUUUUAUUGAUCUUUACUGUUUCCUUUAGAAAAUUUAUUGCUUUCUAUUUUCUUUUACUUUGCUUGAGUUUGUUCGGUGGUUCUUUUUCUUAUUUCUUAAGCAGGAUAGUCUAAGAAUUCCCCACUGUGGUGCAGUAGGCUAAGAAUCCAGCUGCAGCAGCUCAGGUCACUGUGGAGGUGAGGGUUGACCCUGGUCCAGUGGGUUAAAAGGAUCCAUUGAUGCCACAGCUGCAGCAUAAGUCAGCUGUGGCUGGUAUCCAGUCUCUAGCCUGGGAACUUCCAUAUGCUGUGGGUGCAGCCAUUAAAAAAAAAUAACAAUAAUAAAAAAAAUAGCCUAUUUUUUAUUCCUAAUUUGUUUAAGGCAAUAUAUUUUCUCCUACUUACAACUUAUAUUCCAGAAGUUCUGAUAUGGAGUGUAUAUGUUAUAUUCAAUCCUAAAUACUUCCCAGUAUCUGCUAUAAUUUAUCUCAUUUAUAAUUUCAAAUGAGUGAUUUAAAAUUUUUUUCAAAUAUUUGGAUUUUGAAACACUAAUUUUUUCCUCUCUCUCUCUCUCUUUUUUUUUUUUUUUUUUUGGCCACAAUCACAGCAUGUGGAAGUUCCCAGGCCAGGAUCAAACCUGUGCCCCAGCAGUGACAAUGCCAGACUCUUAACUCUCUGCGCCACAAGAGAACUUGAAAAACACUAUUUUGUUGUUGGUGGUCUCUGGCUUUUAAAAAUUGCUUUGAAUGAGAUAAUAUGAUCCAUGUAAAAUCAAAUUUAAAAUAUUUCUUAACCUGUGCUCUGUGAUCUAAUGUGGUCAAUGUUUUUUAUCUUCCAAUUGUCCUUAAAAAAAAUAAGUUAAUUUUAUAUGUAUUUUUAACAUGUUCAUAGUAUGUUUAUUACCUAAAGCUCAUUAAUUGUGUUCAAAUAUUAUAUACUCUUACUGAUUAUCCUGCCUAUUAAAUCACUCUUCAAACAAUGA